AUGUCUCCCUCAUCGGUCAAACCCUCACUCGACGUAUUCCCCACCGCGCCCAUAGGUACAGUGUCGCCGUACAUCUUUUCUGGCUUCCUGGAGCAUUUGGGGCGCUGUAUCUAUGGCGGUAUUCUCCCUUCUGACCCGACAACCUUCCCGUAUACGCCACGCAGGCCAUCACUGCUCACAGAGGAGGGGUUCCGGAAGGAUGUCUUGGAAGUACUGCGAGACGAGUUGUCCGUACCGAUGGUGCGCUGGCCGGGCGGGAAUUAUGUCAGUUCGUAUAACUGGAAGGACGGGAUUGGCCCGAAGGAUCAGAGGAAGAGGAGACCUGAGCUAGCAUGGGGCGGUGAGGAGAGCAAUCAGUUCGGAACGGACGAAUUCAUAGCUUGGUGCCGAUUGGCCAGAAUCGAGCCAUACAUCAUUUUGAACAUGGGCACCGGGACUCUCGAUGACGCACUGCACUGGAUAGAGUAUUGUAACGGAACCGGUGAUACCUACUGGGCAAGCUUGCGGCGCAAGAACAAUGGCCGAGAUGAACCGCACAAUGUUAAAUACUGGGGCCUUGGGAACGAAGUCUGGGGCGAAUGGCAGAUAGGACAGGAGACUGCUGAGGCAUACACCACCAAGGCACGGCAGUGGGCGCAUGCUAUCAAACUCCUCGAUCCUACGAUCAAGCUGAUCGGGUGCGGUGAGACGGGCUUGAACCACUGGGAUGGGGUUGUGCUCGACGGUCUUGUGGACAAGAUCGACGGCCACAGCAUCCAUCUGUAUACCAAUUUUGGACAGCGAGACCGGACAGUCUAUGGUCCCGAUGCUGCAGAGUACUCGAUAGAGAUAUGCAAAGCCUUGAUAAACAAAGCGCGUUAUGCAAGAAAGGUGGCGAAACCAAUCACGAUUGCCUUCGACGAGUACGGGGUGUGGGACGAGACUGUUGGAACACCGCAAAACGGCCUACAACAAUUUUACACGCUGGCAGACGCCCUUGCUAUGGCAUCUUGGCUGAACGUCUUCGUAAGGCAGGCAGACAUUGUGGAGAUUGCUUGCGUUGCACAAAGUGUGAACGUGAUAUCCCCACUCGUCACAAGCCCGACAGGUUUGCUCAGACAGACCGUCUAUUGGCCGCUGUAUCUAUUUUCUCGGUACAUGCGAGAAGGCACUUCUGUGCGGGUCUCUGUUGAGUCACCAAAAUUCACGGGCGAAACAUUACCUGCAUGGAUUUCUGACAUCAAAGGACGUCCCUCGGUCCUCGACGCGGCAGCCGCUGUUCAUAUCACUGAAAACGGGGCAUAUAGUCUGCGGAUCGCGGUGGUUAACCGAAGCGAGACAGAGAGCAUCCGAACACCCAUACGCGUCGCUUACCAGAACACCCAUCUAGAGUGCGCGGAUGUUGAAGUUCACGAAUUAUGGCACGCCGACGUGAAGGCAAAGAACUAUUGGGGAAGAGAAAAUGAAGUGUCGAUCAAGACUAGCCGAGCGCGUUGGGACAGGGAAUGGACCUUCAGAGAGCAUUCGUUCACUCUUCUUGUGUUAGAUAGCAAGCGAGCAUAG